CUCCGCUGGAGGGGGGCUCGGUGCCCGGCGGGGACUGCAGGCGAUGACUCAGGAUGCAGCCAGGGGCCACGACGUGCACGGAGGACCGCAUCCUGCAUGCCCUGGAGCGCUGCUUGCACGGGAUCAGCCUCAGCCGCAGGUCCACAUCCUGGUCAGCUGGCCUGUGUCUUAACUGCUGGAGCCUACAGGAGCUGGUCAGCAGAGACCCGGGCCACUUCCUUAUCCUCCUGGAACUAAUCCUGCAGAAAACCCGAGAGGUCCUGGAGAAGGGCACCUAUGACCUGCUGACCCCUCUGGCUCUGCUCUUCUACUCCACUGUCCUUGGUACACCACACUUCCCGCCAGAUUCAGAUCUCCUUCUGAAAGCAUCCAGAACCUACCAUAGAUUCCUGACCUGGCCUGUUCCCUACUGCAGCAUCUGCCAGGAACUGCUCACCUUCAUUGAUGCUGAACUCAAGGCCCCAGGAAUCUCCUACCAGCGACUGGUGAGGGCCGAGCAGGGCCUACCUAUUAGGAGUCACCGGAGCUCCACUGUCACCGUGCUGUUGCUGAACCCCAUGGAGAUGCAGGCUGAGUUUCUUGCUGUGGCCAAAAAACUGAGUGCACCCAGACCCUCACCUCACAGUGCCUACAUCACCCUGCUCCUGCAUGCCUUCCAGGCCACCUUUGGGACUCAAUGUGACCUGCCAGGGCUGCACUGCAGAUUACAGUCCAAGACCCUGACAGAGCUGGAGGACAUCUUCACGGAGACCGCAGAAGCCCAGGAGCUGGCGGCUGGCAUUGGGGAUGCAACGGAGGCCCGGCAGUGGCUCAGGACCAAGUUGCAGGCUGUGGGAGAGAAAGCCGGUUUCUCUGAUGUCUUGGAUGCCACCAACUCUGGCAAGCUCCGUACCAUUCCUAUCCCUGUGGCCAGGUGCUACACCUACAGCUGGAACCAGGACAGCUUUGACAUCCUGAAGGAAAUCCUGCUUAAGGAACAGGAGCUUCAGCCGGGGAUUCUGGGGGACGAUGAGGAGGAGGAAGAAGAGGAGGAGGAAGAGGAGGACUUGGAAACCGAUGGACACUAUGCUGAGAGGGACUCAGUGCUCUCCACCAGUUCGGUGGCCUCCCAAGACUCCCUUGCCUCAUCCCGGGCCUCAGGGUCUGACAUCUUCCCCCACUUGCUGACAUCCUUUGCCUCAGGCCUCUCAGAUGGCGUGGACAGUGGCUAUGUGGAGGACAGUGAGGAGAGUUGUUCCGAGUGCCCCAAGAAAUCUGACAGCCGUGAACGCCGGGGCCACCGCAGGUCUGGGCAGAAGUUUAAUAGGAUCUAUAAACUCUUCAAGAGUACCAGCCAGCUGGUCCUGCGGAGGGACUCGCGGCCCCUGGAGGCCAGCUUGGACACAACCCUGCUCUUGCGGCGGGCCGGGAGCCUCUGUAGUCCCCCAGGUGACUCGGCACUGUCCCCCACCCGGGCCCAGCGCUCCCGCUCCCUGCCCCAGCCCAAGCUCAGCACCCAGCUGCCCAGCUGGCUCCUGGCCCCCCCGUCACGCCACCAGCGCCGUCGCCCUUUCCUAAGUGGGGACGAGGACCCUAAGGCUUCCACACUUCGUGUUGUGGUGUUUGGCUCUGAUCGAAUUUCAGGGAAGGUGGCUCGGGCAUACAGCAAUCUUCGGCAGCUGGAGAACAAUCGCCCGCUUCUCACACGGUUCUUCAAGCUUCAGUUCUUCUACAUACCCGUGAAGCGAAACCAUGGGACUGGCUCCAGCGCUGGCCCAGACACUCCGAGUCAGAUGCCCCCACUAGCCACAGACUCCACGAGGCACCCAAGCCCUGCAGAGCUGGGCACGGCCCCAUGGGCAGAGAGCACCAAUGACAUCUCCUACUACCUUGGCAUGCUUGACCCCUGGUAUGAGCGUAACGUGCUGGGCCUCAUGCACCUGCCUCCUGAAGUCCUGUGCCAGUCUCUGAAGGCCGAAGCCCAGUCCAUGGAAGGCUCCCCAACGCAGCUGCCCAUCUUGGCAGACAUGCUGCUCUACUAUUGCCGCUUUGCUGCCCGGCCAGUGCUGCUGCAGGUGUAUCAGACAGAGCUGACCUUCAUCACUGGGCAGAAGACGACUGAGAUCUUCAUCCACUCCCUGGAACUGGGUCACUCUGCUGCCACACGUGCCAUCAAGGCCUCAGGUCCUGGCAGCAAGCGGCUGGGCAUUGAUGAUGACCGGGAGGCCGUCCCUCUAACACUACAGAUUAUUUACAGCAAGGGGGCCAUCAGUGGGCGGAGUCGCUGGAGCAACAUGGAGAAAGUCUGCACCUCAGUCAACCUCAGCAAGGCCUGCAGGAAGCAGGAAGAACUCGACUCCAGCACAGAGAACCUGACGCUAAACCUGACGGAAGUCGUAAAAAGGCAGAAUCCCAAAUCCAAGAAGGGCUUUAACCAGAUUAGCAUAUCACAAAUCAAGGUGGACAAAGUGCAGAUUAUUGGCUCCAACGACUGCCCCUUUGCCGUGUGUCUGGACCAAGAUGAAAGGAAGAUCCUGCAGAGUGUGAUCAGGUGUGAGGUCUCACCUUGCUACAAGCCAGAGAAGAGCAGCCUGCACCCCCCACCCCAAAAGUCCCCCUAUCCAUCUGCCCAGGCUGCCUCUGACCUCUGCUCCCUUCUCUGCCUGCCCAUCAUGACCUUCAGUGGAGCUUUGCCCUAGAGCAGCCCUGCAUCAACCUGGACAGGAAGCCAAGGAGCCUGCUCUGAGCCUUCCCAGACAUUUGGCUCUGAGGGUCUCGCUCCCCAUGACUCGACCAUAGGCCCUGUCCACUGCUGGCCCUGCAAUGCACAGGGGACAGGAGGUUGAUGAUUUGAGAAGCUUUAGGAUCCUGUUUGGGGAACAAACAAACUUGGGAGAGAGGGACCUGGCCCACCAUCCUUCAGAUUCGUCACGGUAGAAGGAGCAGGAUGGGUAGCUGACCUCCAAAGGCCCUGGCCACUCAUGUGGUCUAGGAUCUUUCCAGAAGAAAGAUUAACGCUCUGGUGCACUGGGAUGUGGGGGUGGGCACUUGUGUCUUUCCCAACCUGUGGCUGGGCCUGCCUCUUUUGUAUCAAAGGAAGCUCCAGACACAAAACAGGGGCCCUUUGUGUCUUGAGCUCACUCCCCUCUACUCUGGGGCUUAAGUGGUAGAAACAGGAAUGAAGCUUUUCUUUCCUGACCUCAGUGCUACCCUACCCUCUCUCACACACUCAAGUACAAACAAGCACACACUUGCACACACACAGGUUCCCUAAGUCUUCUGAAAAACAGCACUAACACUUUACCUGUCUACUGUCAGGACCUGGAAUAGAUUAUCUCUGGAGCUCCUUUCUGGAUCUGAGGUCCUUUGGAGAUAAGGCCAGGUUGAGAUACAGUAGCAGCUCAGUUACCAUCUAACUAGAGGACAAGAAAGUGAAUCUGCUUCUUUGAGUUUCCAUUUCCUCAGCACUAAGAUGGAGGAAAAAAAGGCCUCCGUAAAGGGUUGUAAAGAAAUGAUUGGUGGCACUCCUGGGCCAGAGGCUAGCAUGUAGUAGGUGCUCAGUAAAUAUCUGCAGCCGUCCCCGUGAAUGCUGGUUCCCCCAUCUGGUCGGGUGGCUCCUCUUUCACCCCUUGCCAAUUCACAGGUGAGGCAGGACCAAGAUUGCCGGCUAAGGAGUGACCAUGUUUACCUUCUGGAGCAGGAAUUGCCUUCAUCACAGUGGGUGGGGGAUGGGAUACUGCACGGGGAGCCCCCACUUCACCUCCUCUCCCAGGUUGGCCCCCAUGCCUCAACCCCUUUCCACUCCUUGGGUGGAGAUUCCUCACACUGUAAUAUGACACUUGGCACCAUCUGCCAGAGUAGUAGAGGAUCAAGGAGUGCCUGGCCCUGCAGAGCUUCGUGCCUGAGUAGAGCAGGGGAUAGGCGUAGAACAUGAGAAACAUUUUUGACUGCAGAUUGGAGUGAUUUAAGAAUCUGGAAGCAAAUGUGGGCUUGAGUGGUAGGGGUAGAGCAGAGCUUGUGCCAGGGUGUGGACUGGUGGAUGUAGGGAUGGUAACUGUGGGUUGGGAUUGUCGAAUCCUACACUAAGCCAUACUUCCUUCUUGUGCCAAAUACUCUGGGCCUCUAAGAGCCCCUGGACUUGAGUACUCAUGACUUGGGAGAGGUGGACAGGUGCAGCUCCUGGGCCCUGUCUAGCCAUUCCUCCUCAUCUGUACUGGGUCCAGUAUCCAGAAAGCUUUAGGCCAUACACCUUCACUUUUUUUGUUUUUCUUUUUGUUUUUGAUUGUGUGAGCCUUUUUCCCUGCUACAUGGUUGGUAAAAGUCAAAGAAGAGUGGAAUUUGAAGAAAAUUUAAUAUUAUUG